AUGUUGUCCUCCCUGCCUCUGAUCGCUCUGCUCGUUUCCGUGGCAUGGUCAGCUCCGAACAGACUCCUGGAAGGGCCCAAGGUGGAAAUCAAAAAUGGAACAGUAAUCGGCGCAUCCUUCCUAGGCGCCGAUACCUUCAAAGGAAUUCCAUUUGCAAAACCUCCGGUCGGUGACCUACGACUGCGAGCUCCCCAAGCAAUUACAGAGCCAUUCGGGACGUUCGAUGCCACGAAAUCUCCGCGAUCAUGCCCUCAGUUCGCCAAGCAGUUCAAUACGGGCAACCUCCCGCAGGAUGCAAUUGGCAAGCUGUUGAACAAUCCAGCUUUCCAGGCAGUUUCGAAUUCUGGAGAAGACUGUUUGACUAUCAAUGUGGUGCGGCCGUCAACUGCAACUGCAGGCUCGAAACUUCCGGUACUUUUCUGGAUUUACGGCGGAGGGUUCGUAGCUGGCGCUGCCCCAGUCUAUCCAGGCUCAUCGCUCGUAUUGCGCUCUGUGAAGCUGGCACAGCCUAUUAUCUAUGUCAGUGUAAACUACAGGUUAGGAGGAUUCGGAUUCCUGGCUGGUGAUGAGCUUGCCGACGAAGGCAACACCAACCUUGGCCUACGAGACCAGCGACUGGGACUGCAGUGGGUGCAAGAAAAUAUUGAAGCUUUUGGAGGAGAUYCAUCAAGGGUGACGAUCUGGGGAGAGAGCGCGGGUGCUGUCUCGGUGUGCGAUCAUACUUUGAUCAAUGGUGGCGACAACACCUACCGUGGCAAGCCACUCUUUCACGGAGCCAUCAUGAACUCUGGUAGUCUAUUCCCGGUAGAGGAUGUCCGGACAGGAAAGGCCAAGCAUAUCUACUCGACGGUCGUGAACAAAGCGAAUUGCAGCUCCGCCGAGGACACACUCUCCUGCCUCCGAAAAGUAGACUAUGCCACAUUCCUCGACGCCGCAACCUCAGUGCCCAGCUACUUCGGCUAUCGAAGCGUCGACCUCUCCUACCUCCCACGUCCAGACCCCAACGAUUCAACCUUCUUCUCGCAAUCCCCAGAAUCAUCCAUCAGCAGCGGCGCCUACACCCGCGUACCCGUCAUAAUAGGCGAUCAAGAGGACGAGGGAACAGCCACAGCCCUAGCACAAUUAAACUUAACUACCAACCAAGACGUAAACGAUUACUUGACGACCUACUUCCCCACAAACCCCACAGCCGCCGAAGACGUCCGUACUCUCCUCAACCAAUACCCAGACCAACCUCUCGGCCAACCCGACGGGUCUCCUUUCCGAACAGGAAUCCUCUACAAUCUCUACCCGCAAUUCAAACGUCUGGCAGCUGUCCUCGGCGACCUGACUUUUACACUCACGCGAAGAGUCUACCUCAACGCCAUUGCAGACGAAGUCCCGGCUUGGUCCUAUCUGGGCUCAUAUCUGCACAUCACACCAAUCCUCGGGACAUUCCACGCAAGCGAUAUAUUGUUCGCAUUCGGUAUCCUCCCGGGUCCUAUUACCGACACGAUCCAAACGCACUACAUCAGCUUUGUAAAUCAUCUUGAUCCGAAUACUAUUAGCCCGCGAGGAACGAUGAUCAAAUGGCCGCAGUGGAAGUCCAACUCUCCACAGCUUUUGCAUCAGCUGGCGUUGAGCAAUGAAGUCCUUGCGGAUGACUUUCGGCAAGGAGCGUACCAGGUCUUGCAGAAUAAUUUGUCGGCGUACAGACGGUGA